AUCCCAGAAAAAUAUGGGCCUUGAGCCAAAAAAACUUAUUCAAGAGGUUUCAACGAGAUGGAACUCUACAUUUUAUAUGGUUUCCAGAUUUGUAGAGCUGCAGGACGCGGUAAAAACUACUAUCGCUUUAAUAAAUAAAAAUUUACCUGUUUUGUCAGAGGAAGAGUGGGGAUUAUGCAAAGAGCUAAGCACAAUCUUACGUCCUUUUGAGGAGGUCACUUCACAGAUUAGUGGGGAACGCUACGUGACAGGUAGCCAAGUGAUACCCCUAACAAGAGGCCUGAUGUCCGUGUGUAAAAAAAUGCAAAAGGAGCCAUUCAAACCAGUUAUUCAAAAUAUUAUUAAUGAACUGCUGCAUGGUCUCGAGAAACGCAUGGAAAAUGUUGAACACAGCAAAACAAUAGCACUUGCUACUCUUUUAGAUCCCAGAUUCAAACUUGCUGUCUUCAAAGACGAAACUGCAAAGCAAUUGAUCAAAAAAACAUGUACAGAACUUUUAGCUGCAAUCUGGACAGAGACACAUGGCAAACCUUGCACAGCAGAUGAUGAAGAAAUUGGUAACACUCAAAACAAAGAUGGCAACGUAGAUUCCGCAAAAUUUUCCGUCUGGGAGGACGUUGACAACAUAAUUGCCAAGGAGAAACCUACAGGUACGAAGACCUCCGCUGCAAUUGUCGAGUUGAACCGGUACUUAGAUGACAGCUAUCUAGGACGGAAAAAAAGAUCCUAUGGGCUGGUGGAAAGAGAAUCAACAUGUAUACCCUAUUAUGAGCAAAUUGGUGAAAUUAAAAUUUAACGUCAUGGCUACAUCCGUCCCAUGUGAACGACUUUUUUCUAAAGCAGGAAAUUUUUUGACAGAACGCCGAUCAAGACUGAGUUCAAAACGAGCA